UCGAGGCUGAGUGCUUUUGACAUUGGCACUUCAGGGAACGAAGUUGAAAAAGGAGUUAGUGCCUGUAGUGUUGUUGCUGCGGUUGUUUGUGUCUCUGGCUUCUUUGAUGGGCCUGGUAGUCCUGGUAAACCGAUCUUCGAGGAUCUGGAUUUGUACUUCUUGUGGCAGAUUCCUCGUUUGAGGUUUGAAAGUAGCCUUUUCAUUACUGAGAUUGGCCUUGUAGUGAUUCCCGGGUGGAGGACUCAAGGUCCAGGAUUGGAAACCAAUUCAUCAACUCAGCAGUUUGCCUUUUUAGAAAGGACUUCCUUUGAGGAAAGGAGCAGGGCUACUAGAAUAGAAGGAACAGAGAACUUACAUCGAGACUUCGCCUUCUGGAAUCUAUCCGUACCCGUAUCGUCCAAUUCUCUUAUUGAGAAAAUGGAGUUUGGGCCCUCCUACGACCUCUGUGUACCGACCAAAGAUAAGAUCUAUCAUAGAGAAACUGGACUUUCGAGCCAGGUUGUCACCGCCGCUUUCGGCGUUUAG